CCUAGGGCCACAAGCCCUAUAGUUUGCUGAUCUAUCUGUAUUUCUGAUAUGAGGCCUGAAAUUAACAUCUGAGUUUACUGGUGUUGAGAUUUGAUUAAGCUACACAAGCCAUAUUUUUUCGUCUUGGCCACUGAAGUCCAGGAGAGGAAAGCUUGUGGAUAUCAAUGCAAUUGUAGUUCUGAUAAUUUGCCUGAGGGGAGAAUCAGACGACACAGGAGGACCAUGGGAGAAGCAUCUUCAGCUAUGCCAGUCAGACACGGCACUGUCCUCCUCUGUCUCAUCCUUCUAACUUUUCAUGGUGCAUAUCCACAGAGAAUCAUAGGUGGCGAAGAGGUGACGCCGUACUCCAUCAAGUACCAGGUGUCGAUCCAGUUCAACAACCAACACUACUGCGGUGGAACCCUUAUACACCCACAAUGGGUCGUCUCUGCUGCCCACUGCUGGAGGCCGAGCUACCUGAUCAAGGUGGUCCUCAGCGAGCACAACCUCAGGGCCAAAGAGGGCUUUGAGCAGAGGGCCAACGUCUCCAGAGUCAUCGUCUACUACCGCUACAACUACCGCACCUUUGACAAUGACAUCAUGCUGAUUAAGCUGGAGAAACCUGUUCAACUCAAUGCCAACGUCCAGCCGGCGCUGUUGCCCAGCGAGGACAGCCCCCUACCCCCAGGGGGCACUGUUUGCACGGUGAGCGGCUGGGGCGUCACCAGGGUGUACAGCUACUACCUGUCGCCCGUGCUCCGGGCCGUGGACGUCAACAUCAUGCCCAACUGCCAGUACUACUACUACUUCAGGAUAUCGGAGAACAUGCUGUGCGCGGGCACGCGCUUCGGGGGCAAGGACUCCUGUCAGGGUGAUUCGGGCGGUCCGCUCAUGUGCAACGGGCGCUUCGAGGGCAUCGUGUCCUGGGGCAUCAGCUGUGCCAACCCCUACUUCCCUGGCGUCUACACCAAAGUGCGCAACUACCUGCGCUGGAUUAACUGGAUCAUCCAGAGUGACAGCUCCAAUUAGAGCCGUCACACAGAGACUCAG